ACUGAAAUUAUCUUGUCGCUUUGGGUGAGGUGAGGUAUUUUCAGUGAUUGUCCAUGGUUUUAUUAAUUUUUAUAGCGGUUUCUCUACGCCGGCUGACCGAAUAAUUAUAAAAUUUGUUUGUAUUUAAUUAUUCCAAUUCCAAUAAUAAGUACGCAUAAUAAUAUUACAUUUAUUCCCUUUUAAAUAUGUUUUUAUACGUUGUAAUUAUUGUUAUCACUUUAGUUGCUCUAUUAGCGUAUAUAUUAAGUAGUUCGUUAGAUAAAAAAACUGUUUACAAGGACUUAAAGCAAAAACAUGUCGUUAUCACUGGUGGCUCCAGCGGCAUAGGGAAAGCGGCUGCUGUGGAAGCGGCGAGGUUAGGUGCACACGUUACUAUCAUAGGCCGCAAUGUGCAUAAUCUUAAGUCAGCAGUUGAUGAAAUUACUUCUCAAUGUUUAGAUAAAAAUAUCCAAAAAAUACAGUAUGCUUCACUAGAUGUCACAUCCGAUUAUGAUUCUAUAUCGACAUGUUUGUCUAGUCUGGAACAAAAUGUAGCUCCCAUAUUUAUGCUGGUAAAUUGUGCGGGAAUGUGUAUUUGUGGAAAAUUCGAAGAUAUGAAAGUUGAAGAUAUAAAGCAAAUGAUUGAUCUCAAUUAUUUUGGAACUGCUUACUCAACUAAAUAUGUUCUACCUGGCAUGAAGAAGAGAAAUGAAGGUGUUAUUGUUUUUGUUUCUUCAGAAGCAGCUUUCAUUGGAAUUUAUGGCUACAGUGCAUACAGUGCAUCCAAAUGGGCCUUGCGUGGUUUAGCAGAAGCAGUCCAGAUGGAAUUAGUAGGUACUUCAGUUAGGUUAACAGUGUCAUUUCCACCAGAUACUGAUACACCUGGUUUAAAGACUGAAGAGUUAACAAAGCCCAAGGAAACUAAACUUAUAUCUGGUACUGGAGGUUUACAUCCUCCAGAGGAAAUUGGCAAGAAACUUAUCCAUGAUGCACUGACUGGAAAAAUAUAUUCUGUAUAUGGUAUAUCUGGACAAUUAUUAUCAAUAUUGUUUGGAGCAUCAGUUGAGAGCACCACACAAGUUCUAAUACAAGUAUUUUCUAUGGGAUUUCUUCGAGCAAUUAUGGUAAAUUUUAUUAUGACUUUCAACAAGAUUGUGAAGGAUGGACUGACUGAAAGAAACAAAGAGGAAGAAAAGAAAGAAAAAUAGUUUAUUUUGUAUACCACUAUCACUGUGCAUAUACAUAUACCUCAUAAUUUAUCACCAACUAUUAUAAACUAAUAUCCACAACGGAAUGUGGAUAUUAAGAAGUUGACAAGGUGAAUAGGUAAAGGAACUGGGGCUAUUGAAACUGUAAACUAGUAUUGAAACUAUUUAAAUUACCUAUAUUUGUUUUUCAAAUUGUGAAUGCAUGUAAGCAAAUUUUAUAAACUAGAACACUUGUAAAAUAAAAAUAAAAUAUUUUAUAACCAUGUGGAAACUCAUUAAGUAUUUAUUCACUUUGUAAUGUGUAUUGUAUGUAUAUGUAUCCAGCGUGAUUAAUAAACUGUAAUAACUUCUAUGUUAAUUCUUUAAAAUUAAUUUGGAAUUAAAUACUAAGAUUUACCAAAGAAUAUUCCGUAUGUUAAUAAGUUGAAUUUUAUUAUUAGUCUUGGUGAUUAUGUGAAAUUAUUACAAUUAAGUAUUUAAACUGGUUUAGAAAUAAACUGUUUACUUUUCGUAUAUCUAUAUCAUUUACUAGAAUAUAGCAGAAUUGUUUCUGUUACCUUAUGUAUGACGUUGAUGAUUAUAUAAGGAAAACAUCCAAAUUUGUUAUGAUUGAUGAUAUGUGUAAAAAUAGAUAUUUGUAUUAACAUUAUAUAUUGUCGGUGUUUUAAAGUUUGAUUCAUGUGUUAAAAAUUUAUGUAAAUUUUUCUUUGAUACAUUUUUCUACUUAAGAUGUACUUGUAGAAAGUGUAUGUUUAUGUAACAAUUGUUUCACUGUUAACACUCGGUUUACAGUAAUAAAAUGGAUUUCUGCUGUUCAGUGGGGCGUAGCUUAGUGGGGCAACUGUUCUAGUUCUAUUAAUUAGCACUCAACUUUCAGUAUCUUGCAAAGGUAUAUAGCUUGCGCAGCUAUAUACGCUAUAUAACUAUUCGCGCCGUAACGUGAUGCGUCCAAGAUGAUAGGCCAAAACUUUCUAAAAAUUAAUGACUCAAAUUUGCGAUAAAAUAAUAAAUAAAGAAAAGUAUUAACUAUGUACCUACUAGCAUAAUUUACUAGUGUAACAGAAAUGGUAAACUAAUGGGAAUAUUAUGUAUUAAUGAUUAUGAAGUAGGAUUUAGUCCUUCUGAUUUGCAAAGAACAUGUUAUUGAUUUACUACAAAAAUUUCAUCAUUCUACUAUAUCUCGAUAAAAUUGCUAUAGCUGAGUUUCUGUAAAGAAAAAGGAAUAAUUUAUCAAUGAAUAAGCUCUUUUAAUUAGUAAUAUUUUAUUUUUAUUCUAAUACACAUACACAUAUGUUAUUGGUCCAGUGUCUGUUACGUACCAUAUACAUUAUGCAUAGGUAUUUAUACUAUUCAAAUAUUUUUUAUUAUAUAUAUGUCUGAUACUAUUUUGUAAUGGGAAUGUAUCCCAGUGCAUUCGCUUUUGUUUAUCUGUAACUUGCGUGAAUUUUUAUGCAUAUGUCUAGCACAGAAAAAUAUUUGUAUGAAUAGGAUUUAUAAUAUAUAGGUACUUGUAUAAUUGAAUGUAAUAUAAAAAAGAAUUCAAUCUAUAAGAGAUUUUAAAUUCAUAUUUUUUUAAAUUAAAAAGCACAAUUUUGUACCAGUUACACAACUAUAUAUAAAAUAUAUGUUAUUUAAUUUUAGUAUAAAUGUUAAUCAAAUUUUGUAAUAAGCAUUGAUGAUGAUAAAACACUUAAUUUUAGUAUGUCAAAAGUGACUUUGCUAGGGUUGAGUCAUUACUGCUACACUACAUUAUUGCUUUUAAAUUAAAAAUUAUAUAAUAUUGCAUAUAAACAUUAUUAAAUGUGCCU